GCAUGCGCUUGACAAUAUUCGGCCAUAUUGUUAUGACGCAUACAAGAUCAGAGGUCUCCGCCAGUGACGAGUGUUCUCGCAGUUGACGUGGCUACUACGUACCAUCCCGUUCGCCCACUCCGGACACAGCAUAGACGGUGACGAGGAAUACGUAACUGGUGAGCGUAGAGGGCAUGGACGGAAUGGUGGAGGAAAAUGGCACUGGAGCGGCCGCGAACAACGUGGAUCCGCUGGCUUCCUCUGGGUCCUCAUCGACCGGCGGCGCUCACGUCGUGGCUGUCACCAGUAUAGUCCAGCUCACCCUACCCACACAGGCCCCCUCUGCACAGGUACAAUCAGUGAUACAACCGAAUCAACAGUCUGUGAUCCAGACUGCAUCCAAUAUUCAGUCAGUGCAAUUACCAAAAGGGAAUGUGAUCCUUGUCAGUAAGCCAAGUUCUGUCAUACACACUACUCAAGGAACAUUGCAAACACUACAGAUAAAACCAGAACCAAACACUCUUGUGAAUACCCAGGGCCAAUCAGCUAGUGACGACAGUUGUAGUGAUGAUGAAAGUCCCAAAAGAAAAUACAGGGAAAUGCUCACACGGCGCCCUUCCUACCGCAAAAUACUUAAUGACCUUGGUGGAGCUGAGAUUGCUGUGAUUCCAGCUGGAGCUUUGCAAACUGAGAGCGGGCUGCACACACUGGCAGUGUCAGGCGGUGGGAGCGGUGGCGCCAUCGUUCAGUACGCGACUAACCAGGACGGCUUUUACGUACCGGGUCCCAUGUUAGAAGACCAAACUCGCAAACGAGAACUGCGGUUACUGAAAAACCGAGAAGCCGCCAGAGAAUGCCGUCGUAAGAAGAAAGAGUACAUCAAAUGCCUUGAAAACAGAGUAGCAGUGCUCGAAAAUCAAAACAAAGCACUGAUUGAGGAACUAAAGACUCUGAAGGAACUUUAUUGCCAACAAAAAACAGAAUGAGGCCCAGCCGGCUAACCAGGUGUGCCACUGCCCUGCCGGUGAGAGCUUUAAGGCACACUUCUGUCUGAAUUCGUCCUCCAUAUGGGAGACUUGUUUGUACUGCUGACAAUUCAGCUACAGACGUCCAGAGAGGUCACAUGAAUUGACCUGCCACUUGAUACAUGAAAAGGUUUCAUGAUGAAUUAAUAACAUUAAAUCAGUUAUACAAAUAUCUGAUAUAUAAAUUGUUAAUGGCCUUAUUUUUUAUGUUCUGUUAUUGUUUUAUAACGUCCGUUGUUUGCAAUAUAUUUUAAAAAAGAAAAUAGAUAAACCUAUGUUACAUUACCUAAUUAAGUAUACAACCUUGAAACUCAUUUUUGUUUUAGACUAAAAUUGUUGAUACUUCCCCUGUAAAUCAACAAAAUAUGGCUUUCGCUACCAUUCCAAAAGGUAUAUUUUAUAUUCUUUUUAACAAUGUUUCAAAUUUUACUUGUGUGCCAUUAUAAGUUGUAAAUGCAACUAGUGUGUUGAAAUUAAAUUUUUUCACAAUUUACUUUAUGACAUAACUUUUGAACUAUGAUUGCCACUUGCCUAGUUUUUUCAUAUCUUCUUAUGGUUUGGUAUUGUAGGGCAGAUCACACUUUUCUGUGAUGGGGAAUAAUAAGUAGAAGUGAAGUGAUAAGUUCUCUUUAUAUGUAUACAUAUUAUUAUUAUGUUGACAUGUAAGUUGUAUAGGUAUUUUGGACACCGUACAGGGUGUUUGUAAUAGAUAAGCCAAAGUUAUUUUUAGUUAUUUUGUGCAAUAGCUCUAUUGCAAUGUACAGAUUUAACUAUCUUUUUCUACUUCUUACAGUUCAAUAUGAUGAUAUGGAAAUAAAGUGUACAUUGUGUAAAAAUAAUAUAGAAGAGAUGUAUAAAAAGUUUUUAAUUAUGUACAUACAUUAAUUGUUGAUGUAGAUGAGUGGAAUGGUUUACGUCGCAUAUCAUCGCGGUUAUUGUUUUUUUCAAUUUCUAGUUUAAAAAUACAAGUGCUAUUGAAAUCAUUCUGUC